CUUCCACGCUCUCGUUGCUCUUGCUGGUCUCGGUCAUAAACUCCCGAACUCCAUCAAGUCUCCGUACUACAGCCAACAUGAACUGCCCCUCUCGCACUGACGAUACGCUGUUGCACUGCGAGUGGAACCAGAAUCCACCGACUCUGGCCCCCGAUCUCACCACCCGCCAAGACCUGAAUGGCAUCUCCAAUGUCCGCCAGCGUGAGGACCGCAGUGGCUUAGCCGGGGUAUCGUUUACCUGCUUUGACGAGGCAGGGGGUACGCCGGCACAACCCAUUGAUCCUGAGAAAAACAGAUCCUUCCGGACCGGGGCGUCUCUGACUCAGUCAGGACGCCUCAAUUCCCCUACCGGCGCUGCUGGUCAGGGGAAUCCUCCGAAUAUCAAUCAUUCAAUGCCUCAGACCCUGCAAGGCUGGGCUCUGUGGCUUCUGUCGGUUCUGUUCACCGCAGCCCUUAUUUCUCACGACACCAUCCUGCGAUAUGUGUACUCUUUGCGCUCUCCGUCUAUCGACCUUGAACCAGUUGAUCUUGUGCAAAAUGCGCCCCGUCUUCCGAAGCGCGACUCCUGCGCCUCCAACAACGUCAAGAAAAGCGAGUACAACACUCCUUUGCACGUCGCAGCCCUCUUCAUCAUCUUAUCCGUGUCCACCCUCGCCUGCGUAUUCCCCGUACUAGCCAGCUGGUCCCCUCGGAUGCGCAUCCCGGCCUCGUUCCUCUUUUUCGUCAGCCACUUCGGUACCGGGGUUCUCAUCGCCACGGCAUUCGUGCAUCUCCUGCCGACUGCCUUCCAGUCCCUGAACGACCCCUGUCUGUCGAAGUUCUGGACCUCCGACUACCCCGAAAUGCCAGGUGCCAUUGCCCUAGGCGGCAUCUUCCUCGUCACAGUCAUUGAGAUGGUCUUCAGUCCGGCUCGACACUGCUGCCGCGGCGGCACCCGCAUCGGCGAACAGCCCGCCUUUGUCUCCGGCGCCGUGCCUGAGAAACCCCAACCCACGCCCCAGAUCGACGUAACGGACCACUCCGCCCCGGACGGCGAGCGCGAGACCCCGCAGGGCCAGGACCUCGCGCAUCUUCGCGACAUGGGUCCCCUUGUCGGGCGGUCGUCGAGCAUGAGCCGCGCCAUCAGCCGCAUGGGCGAAGACCCCGAGCGCAUCUGUCGGAUCUCCUCCGCGCCCGAGGACCCGCAGGGCUGCGAGCGCGAGCCACAGCCGCAGCAGCCUAAGAUCGAGGCUGUUACGCAGGACAUGGAGCGGAACGCAUACGACGACAGCACCGACGACGGGCGCAGCUUGAGUCCGCAGCAGAAGCACAAUAAAGCCGUGAUGCAGGUGUUCCUGCUGGAGAUGGGAAUCCUGUUCCAUAGUGUUUUUAUUGGCAUGUCGCUUAGCGUGUCGGUGGGGAACGAGUUUGUCAUUCUUUUGAUCGCGAUUGUUUUUCAUCAAUCCUUCGAAGGCCUCGCCCUAGGCUCUCGCAUCGCCGCUCUCGACUGGCCCGAAAAGGCCCUCCAGCCAUGGCUCAUGUCCCUGGCUUAUGGAUGCACAACCCCAAUCGGCCAAGCCAUCGGCCUCGCCACGCACACGCUCUACAGCCCCGACUCCGAAGUCGGGCUCCUCCUUGUCGGCACCAUGAACGCCAUCUCAGCUGGCUUGCUGAUCUUCGCGUCCUUGGUGGAGCUGAUGUCCGAGGACUUUCUGUCCGAUGAGAGCUGGCGCGUGCUGCGCGGGAAGAAGAGGGUUUAUGCGUGCUUUUUGGUGUUUGGGGGUGCGUUUUGUAUGAGUUUGGUGGGGGCUUGGGCUUGAUUGGGAUUUCUUUUCUUGUCGAGUCGGUUGAGGGGUUGGUGGUGUUGAGGGGAGAGAGGAAUUGUUUGUGUGUAAAGCGACGGGGGAAUAAGAAGUGGGUAGAGUUGUUUGAGGAUGACAUGCUGGGUUGGGGUGGUUUAGCUGCUGGUGAUGGAGAGGUUGAACGGAAUUGUAGAUAAGUGGGACAUGUGGAUGAUGAGGAUUGUGAUGAGGUAUAUAGAUCGCUCGUACAUAGUUGCAGUCGCAUUAGGUGACGACACUUGGUGUGAUAAAUAAUAUAUCUGAGGUUGUGAUGAAUUUGUCAAUACGAAAUCACAACCUAUCCUGAA